AUGUUGCCAUUAACAUGUUAUGAUCAACAGUUUGUGCCAUUAGGCCACUCUUACCAACAGGCAAAAGCACAAUCAUUAAGACAAAACUGCAUUGCUGGAAAACUAAAUCAACUCAAUAACCAACCGGUGGUCAAAGUACAAUCCCAUAGCAGAAACAUUGUAGCACCUUCAUUAAGCUCUAACAAGAUGGUCCAAAGCUGCUCAGUAGUGCCUCCUCCCAAGUCUCAAGUGACACUUUCACAGGGCUUCCCCAACAGGGCUAUGAAAUCACCAUUAUCUGACUCCAAAUAUCCAGUCACACCAUCACCAGGCCUCUACCGUGGAAGAUCAUCACAUCCCAUUUCAAAAGACCUAAACUUACCUUUGUUGCACCCUAAACCACAGACUAUAUCUUCAUCUAACUUCAACAAGACACCAUCAUUAUUGGAGGUCAAUCAAACAGUCCUGAGCUCACAACUACCCCUCCCCAAACCUCCAUCUUCAAGCCUAGACAUUUACUGUACAUCAUCUUCACUGAAGUCUAAAAGGGUCCCAAGUUCAUCAUUUUCUGCUGUCCGACACCAAGAAACACCUUCCCUAAACAUCAUGUAUACACCACCUUCUUUAGGACCAAACCAAAGAGCCCUUGGCCCAACAUCACUUCAAUCAAAAUCUCAGAAAACAUCACUGGACUGCCUUUGGACACCCUUAUUGGAACGCAAUCAAAGAUCUCUGAGUUCACCAUCACUCAAAACCAAAUCUGAAACACUUAACUACCUUUCAACAUCACCAUUUUUGCAGCCGAAACAAAUGACUCUGAAUUCACCCUUACCUGCCUCCAGACCUCAGAAAACAUCUGUACUGAACUCCAAUGUUCUGAAUUCAUCUUUGUCCCAUAUAAAAUUAAGGAAAACACAGUCUGUCCACCAGUCUCAGAGUUUUCCAUUGUUUCAGUCUAAGUCUCAGACGACAUUUACCUUUGAUCAUAACUUUCGGAGCUUCAGCUCACUAGUUUGUCACCCCAAGUUUCAGAGUGCCACUUCACAAAGUGACAAACACAAAGCUACAGAACUACCAUCAUCCCAAGUGAAACCGAAUGUCUCAGGCAUGUCACCCUCAAGCACCAAACCCUACAUCAGGGGCACAGCAAUUUCAACAGUAGGUUCCAGACUCCCGAGUAAAAACAGCUUCGGUUUUAGCACAAAGAAAGAAUCAGAUAAAGAAAUUCCAUGGACUUUAGAUUAUAGUAAUCCUUGCAUUGUUAAAGGUGGAACUGUCCCUGAGCAAGUGUUAAAUAAAAUUGUCAAUUCUAUCUCCAAGUCUAGAAUCCAGAAGGAUCUCUCUAGACAGAUUCUCUUUCGAAGGAUGAGGGGAAAGCCAAAUCCUCGUCCUGGUCCCCGCCUUUCAACAACAUAUACAGUUUGUUUAGUUUGUGCUUCCUGCAUAAAAUCUCAGUGUAAACAUCUUACUGGAAAGAGAGAUCCUCGCUGUGCAACACUGUUUGUUAUACCAACACCUGAGGUCAGUUGUGAGGGGAAAAUAAAGGUGAAAUUAGUUCUCAUCCUCUGCCUACCAGAGAAUUCUUGUGUUUCAUUGCCUCUGAAAGAAAAUCAGCCUGAUGAAGUCCCUGAUGACAGUAUUGAAGAAAUGAAGAAGAUAUCACAGAUUUUACCCUCUUCUGAAUCAAGUAUCAUCCAAGGGCUCAAUGUGAAGAAAACAUGGUUGACAACCCCAGAGAAGAGAGUCCUAAGUCAACAGCCCCAGGCUAUUGACUGGCUACUUUAUGUUAAAAAGAAUAGUAAUUCUCAGCUAAAACCCCACAUCCCAAAACCUCCUUCCUCUUCCUCCUCUUCCUCCUCCUCUUCCUCUGCCUCCUCUUCUCCAUCUUCUUCUUCCUCUACCUCUUUUGCCUUACCCUCCUUACUCCCUCCUUUAAAAGACUCUGCUCCACCUGACCUCUCAGGCUGUGUAGUCACCAAGGUACUUAGCUACCACCGGUUGCCUCCAGGGGUCUCCUGGCUGGAGUUUAUAUUCAAUAAAGAUCACCAGCCACUUCCUGGAAAAUCAAAUAAAAGUCAGUCACCACCUCCAAAAACAAAGUCUGUGAGGAAUCCCACCAUCAGAAAAGCAACAAAGGGUUCAAACGUGCUGCUCAAAUUUUUCCAAAGCGUCCAAACUAAAAAUCCUGAUUAA